AUAAAAUCAAAAUGUUUAAAAAAUUGAUUUGUUUGUUCGCUUUAGUGGCUUUAGUGGCCAGUGAGGGUUGCAGCAAUGUGGGAUGUGUGGAGGAGGAGUUGAUUGAUUAUGUUAACAAUUUGGAGAACAAACCCGUGCCUUUUUUGGGCAAUUAUGUUGUCUUGGAGAAAAAUGAGGAGUUAAUUGAGUCGGCAAGAGAUGGUGAAGAUUUUAUCAGCAGAUGUAUCAGAUAUUUGGCCAAUCAUACGUUGAAAUUUAAGAUUCCUUCCGAACAAGCCAGAACUGUACUCGAAGAAUCCAGAAGCAGCAAACUGAAAAAAAUCGUUCUCCCGAUCCUUCUCCUCCUGAAACUGAAGGCCGCCAUCAUAAUCCCAGCAGUUCUUUCUGUGAUAGCCUUGGUAGCGUUUAAAGGUCUCGGCGUAGGUUUGAUAGCCUUGGCGAUUUCAGGAGCCACUGGAUUGAAGAGUCUUCUGGAGCAUCAGAGUUCGAAGUUUACCUAUGAAGUGGUACCGCAAAUCGCCCCACAACCAGUGUGGAGUCGGUCUGGAGUUGAACCUUUCACAACUUUGCCGCAAGGAUAUCAUACCAUGCCCUAAAAUGUUAUUUUGUUGAUAUUUAUACUAGUUUAAAUUAAUUUAUUGGCAAUUACUAAAUACAUGUUUUUUAUAAAAACAUUUUUUAACAUUGAUUGU